GCCAUGGGAGCCGCGGGCAGCAGCGGCUGUGAGCCGGGCCAACUGGAGGGCUCCCGCUUGCUGCCCGCUGCCUGGUGGGCGCGGGCCUGGAGGAGCGUCCUUGCCAACGCGGGUUCCCCUCUGCUGGGCGCCAAGGCUGAGCGGCGGGCCUUGACGGCGGAGGAGACGCAGGCGGCGCAGGAGCGGGGUUUGCCCCAGGGCGUCGCCCUCUUCUUGCCGGAGUUCCCCGUCCGGCCUCCGCUGGGGCCGAGCCAGCUGAAGGUGCUGGGCUUGGUGGCCAAGGGCUCCUUCGGGACGGUGCUGAAGGUGCUGGACUGCCGGCAAGAGCGGCUCUUUGCCGUCAAGGUGGUGCCCAAAAUGGAGGUGCUUCGCCGGGACAGCCUAAAGCAGUGUAAGGAGGAGGUCAGCAUCCAGAAGCAGGUGAGCCAUCCGUUUGUCCACUGCUUAGGGGACAGCUGGCAGGGGCAGCGCCAUCUCUUCAUUAUGUGCACAUAUUGCAGUACCGGAGACCUUUACACCUUCUGGAAGUCUGUGGGCCCUUUUACGGAAAGCAUCAUCCGCUUGUUUGCCACAGAGCUGGUUCUGGUGCUAGGAUAUCUUCACAACCUGGGCAUUGUGCACCGUGAUGUCAAGAUGGAAAAUAUACUCCUGGAUGAACGAGGGCACCUGAAGCUGACUGACUUUGGCCUUUCCCGCCAUCUGCCUUGGGGCAAGAGGGCCUACACGAUCUGCGGGACCCUCCAGUACAUGGCCCCCGAAGUACUGAGCGGGGGUCCCUAUUCCCACGCUGCUGACUGGUGGUCUCUGGGUGUGCUGCUUUUUGCCCUGGCCAGUGGAAAGUUCCCAGUUGCCCCGGAGAGAGACCACAAGGCCAUGCUCCGGAGCGUGCAAGGCUGUAGCUACACCACACCAGUCACUCUCAGCCUAGGCCUACGUCUUCUCCUCAGUGAGCUCCUGUGCCAGGACCCGCAGCGCCGCCUGCGGUACCCCCACCACUUCCGGGGCCACCUCUUCUUCCACGGAAUGACCUUUGAUGCCGAACUCUUGCAAAAGCAGCCGGUGGAUUUUGUGCUGCGCCUGCGGCAAGCCAAGGACACCGUUUUGGACACCGCCGCCGCCUUUUCUGAUUUCGACUGUGACCUCUUGAGUCCCGGAAGCCAGCCUUGGCCUGGCUGAGGCUGCUGGGUAGGGGAAGGGGUGCUGGAGGCCAUUGGGCCAUCUCGACAAGCAGCAUCCAGUUCUCAGGAAACCAGUGGAGAAUCAGCCGGGGAAGCCCAUCUGGCUGUUCCCCCCCACCCCCGCCCCUUUUGCCCAGGGCAUCUUAACUAGGGCCUUUUUCCUUCCUUGGUCUCCUUCCAUCUUUAAGGACAGUGCAGCAAGGCUCUAACAUGAAGAAUCCGUGCUGAAAGAUGCCUGGGAUGGUGAGGAGGGAAGCAAAGAGACAGCUGCCUCAGUGGGGCGUGGAGGAGGGGGCAGAGAGCAGUGGUGGCAGGCAACGCUCCCUCUA